AAAUUCGUAUAAUGACCGUCAUGGUAUAAAACCUCGCCAACGCUUUCUCCGAUAGCAACCUCACAGUCUUCCUCACUUUCUCACAACACAUCGAAAAUCGCUUGAAGAAUCUAGUUUUCGAACUUCAAAAUGGACGCAAGCACAAAGGUGAAGAAGGGAGCAGGAGGAAGGAAAGGAGGAGGACCAAGGAAGAAAGCCGUGACCAGAUCUGUCAGAGCCGGACUUCAAUUUCCAGUCGGAAGAAUCGGUCGAUUCUUGAAGAAAGGUAGAUAUGCUCAGCGUGUUGGUACCGGUGCUCCCGUUUACCUGGCUGCCGUUCUCGAAUAUCUUGCUGCUGAGGUUCUUGAGUUGGCUGGAAAUGCAGCACGUGACAACAAGAAGAAAAGUAUCAGUCCAAGGCAUUUGUUGUUAGCUGUGAGGAAUGAUGAAGAGCUUGGAAAAUUGCUUGCUGGUGUUACCAUUGCUCGUGGUGGUGUUCUACCUAACAUCAACCCAGUGCUUUUGCCAAAGAGGAAUGAAAAUGCUGCUUCCAGUACUCCUAAGUCUCCAUCAAAGGCCAAGAAAUCUCCAAAGAAGGCUUAGAUAGAUGGCUUUAGAUUUUAGGUUUUGUUUGUUAGUUUUGGUUUUUCGUUGAUAUCUAAAAUUAGGCGCCUCUGAUGUUGAUAUCUAAAAUUUGAAUGUGUCUGUAUGCCAUGAGGAGUUUAAUUCAUUAAUGAAAAUAGUUUGUUUUCUACA